AUGGUCGCAACUGCGACUGAAAACCCCGAGUCUCGGCACUCUUCCGAGAAGACGCUUCCCGACAACAGCACAAUGACGACCACCACAGCAGAGCCGUUGCCACAGCAGGGUGACAGUCUGCAGGACACGACUGAAAAGCAGCAUGACGCGACCAGCCAGCAGCCCGCAGAGCCAGAAUACCCCGGCGCAUUGAAGCUCACUCUGACAAUGCUCGCGUUGUGCAUUUCCAUUUUCCUCGUGGCCCUCGACCAGACGAUAAUUGCGCCCGCUCUCGGUGCCAUUACAAGUCAAUUCCACAGCACCAAAGAUAUUGGCUGGUAUGGAUCUUCCUAUCUCCUCACGUCGACUUGUCUGCAGCCGAUCUACGGUGUUAUCUACCGCCUCUUCAACGUCAAGUGGGUUUUUCUCACAGCCAUUUUCAUCUUCGAAGUCGGCAGCUUGCUAUGCGCCGUCGCCCCUUCUUCCGUCGCCUUCAUCGUCGGUCGCGCUAUUGCCGGCAUGGGCACGGCCGGUCUGUUUUCCGGCGCCGUCGUGAUUCUCUCCUACACUCUUCCCCUCUCGAAACGCCCUCUCGCCUUUGGUCUCAUCGGCGGCAUGUGGGGCAUCGCCUCCGUCGCCGGUCCGCUGCUCGGCGGCGCGUUUACCGAUAAUGUCACCUGGCGCUGGUGCUUCUACAUCAACCUCCCCGUCGGCGGCCUCGCCAUGGCCAUUGUCAUGUGGGUGGUCCACAUCAAGCGCAACACCAAAUUCUCCCAGGGCCUCUCCGUCGUGCAGCGCAUCUUGAAGCUCGACCUCAUCGGCAGCGCCAUCUUCAUCCCGGCCAUCAUCUGCCUCCUCCUCGCGCUGCAGUGGGGUGGCGCCGACUAUCCCUGGAGCAACUCGCGCAUCAUUGGUCUUUUUGUCGGCUCCGGUGCCAUGCUGGUUCUAUUUCUCGUUAUCCAGUGGUGGCGUGCGGAACAGAGCACCUUUCCGCCAUUUUUGUUUAAGAACCGAAGCAUCGUCGCCGCCAUGUCAUUUUGCUUCUUUUUCGGGGCUGGAUUCUUUCCUUUGAUCUACUACCUCUCCCUGUAUUUCCAAGCAAUUCAGGGCGUGAGUGCCGUCCAAGCUGGUAUCAAGGUUCUCCCUCUCCUACUCGCCACCGUCAUCUGCUCCAUUGCCUCCGGUGGGUUGGUUUCGCGCUUUGGCGUGUACAAGUAUGUCAUUGUACCGUGUAUGGCGCUCUUCUCCAUCGGCGCUGGCCUCAUCACCACUUUCGACGUCCACACUCCACUCCGCGAGUGGUUCGGCUACCAGGUUCUCGCCGGUCUCGGCAUCGGUGCUGGGUUUCAAAUUGGCGCUAUCGUUGUCCAGACAGUUCUUCCUCAGGAAUGGAUUCCUGUCGGCACCGCCUGUGUCCAGUUCUUCCAAAGUCUGGGAGGUGCAAUUUUUAUCGCCGUCGCACAGACAGUCUUCCAGAACGGCCUCAUCUCUGGAAUUGAGAGCGCCGAUAUUGGCAUCGAAGACCCUCGUAUCUUCAUCAACAGCGGUGUUUCGCAAGCCAGAAAUAUCCUCGCCCAGAUGCAUCGUGAGGAUGCUCUCCCACUCGUCCUCGAAGCUUACAUGAAGGGUCUGCGUAACACCUACUACAUUACACUGGCAUGUGCGAUCUGUGCGUUCCUCUCCGUGCUGGCUCUUGAAAAGAAGUCAGUCAAGGACAAAAACCAGAAGAAGGUUGAUGUCGAGGCUACUGCGGCUUAA